AUGAACGACAACGAAAAAGAAGAAGCUGCUAAUUUGAAAGAAGAAUUCGAAUGGGUUCUACGUGAAGAAGUACAUGCUAUACUACACCAGCUCCACACUGUCUUGGUUGAAUGUGCUCAUAGAUUUCCAGUGCCUUUAUAUGGAAAUGAAGGACAAAAACAGGAUAAGUUUAUUUUGACCUCCCAACCAGAACAACUCAAAUGCAUAUUGACACUUACUGGUGACAGCAUCACACAUGCAGAUAUAAGCUUCAAAGUAUUAAGACAGAUGCACUUAAUGUGUCGAACGUCAAUUAACCAAGAUGGUCCAUGGAAGUUACAGCAGAUACAAGAUGCGGCAAACCAUUUGCAGCAAGCUAUUGGUUACAUUGACAAUGUAGAUAAACAUUAUGUGUUUAGGUCAUCGGAAGAAGUGUUACAUAUAAUUCAGUGUCUGAUUGGAUCCUUGCAAAGAGCGCGUUCAGCUCUUGUGUUACCAAAGAAAAAAGCAAUUGAUGAGUUAAUGAAAAGUCGAAAUAUGAAAGCGCUAUCUCCAAAUUUACCAGAGGAUCUGGCGAUAUCUUUCUACAUACAAUCAAGCAAACUGAUUUUCGUGGCUUAUCAGCUGAGUUCAGUUCACGGGACAAUGCGGAUUGACUCUUGUCAAGCUGACUGCGCUGUACCUUGGCUUAGCGAUGUCCUCUUUAUGCUAACUGCAGCUCUCCAUAUGUGUCAACAACUAAAGGAUAAGCUGUGCGUCUUCUCUCAGUACAAAGAUUUUACAGUCGGAUCAAGAUCUGCGUCUACAGUGUUUAAUUAA